AUCAAUCGUUUGGGGUCGAAAUCAACAGAAUCGAGUCAACAGUCCUAGUGAACUAGUCUUCUAGGAGGUUGUGUGGUUUUUAAGAAAACGAAAUAAAUAAAAAAAUGAGGCUGAUUAUCUUUUUGGGAGCUUUAGCCUUCGUGGCAGCACAACAUCAUCAACAACCGUAUUACGGUCCACAACAUAUCCCAGUUAUUCAAAAUGGUGUCCCGGUAGAACCUCCGGCUGUACAAGCCGCUCGUGCAGCUCAUCUUUCAGCUUACACUGGAGCCGGUGCACACGCAGCUCCUUAUGCUGGAGCCGGAAACAACCAAUGGAAUGGAAAUAACCAAUACAAUGGAAAUAACAACUACGAUAAUCCAGCUCCACAACAAGGAAGAUGGACGCCACCAGCUUACCAAACCAGCCACGAAGCUCCAAGAAUUGGUCAAGAUGGGCAACCCCUUGACACUCCUGAAGUUCAAGCUGCCAAAGCUAACCUUGCAGCAGCUUACGGUCAACAACAUGCCGCCCUUGGACAAGCCUACUCCGCCGCCCAACCUGCAGGACAUUACGGUGGUGGACACUAUCGUAAAAGACGUAGCGUUUAUGGUGGAUAUGGAGGUUAUGGUGGAUAUGCUGCUCACGCUGUCCCACAAAUUGGACCAAAUGGUGUUCCAGUAGAUACCCCUGAAGUUCAACACGCCAAAGCUGCCCAUUUUGCUGCUGUUGCCGAAGCUACUUCUAGAGCUGGAGCUGGUGGAUACGAUGGUGGUUACGAUGAUGGAUCAUAUGAUGGAAGAUACGACGAUGGUGCUUAUGACGGUAGAUACGAUGGAGGAUACGGUGGAGGAUACGGGGGAGGAUAUGGAGGAAGUGGAGGAAGUGGACACGCUGUUUGGAAUGGACCAAUUCAUAUCCCUGUUAUUGGACCACAAGGUGUACCUAUUGAUACCCCAGCUGUUCAACAUGCAAGGGCUGCUCAUUUAGCCGCCAUUCAUGCUGAAGGUGCAAGAGCAGGACACGGAUACGGCUAUGGACAUUAUUAAAAAAAAUGGAUGCUUCAUUGGAUCGAGUCAGUUAUCAUUUAUCAGUCAAUCCUUCUUGAGUUCUCUCCGAUUUAGCUUUUAAAUCGAUCCGCCCCCAAUGAUAAAGGGCCUAAAUUCAGGAUCGAUUUAAACGCCAUAAAUCAAUAAUACACAUCGACGAGUCGUUACCACUUACUAUUACCUUUUUUUAUUAUAACGAUAUGCGUAAUUGUAAAUAAGUUAUUUUAAUAAAUUUUAUACGAUUUAUCAUAA